CAAGGAGUGACGACUUAAUCUCAAUCUGGAGUAAAGAAAGACUUUACUCACUUCACUUGUCGACUGGAGUAAAGUAAACCACUAUACAGUGCUUGUGAUGUGAGUUUGAAAUCUCAAUCUCAAAUUCUCAAUCUCGUUUGGGGUUUCAAAUUUGAUCCGCUACUGAUAGUCAGCAUGGCGGGUCGUAGAGACGCGUUGCUGACCAGAGAAAAAGGACAAUCAGCCGUUGGAUCUCGAAUCUUUGUUGCGGUGGCGAUCGGCGUUCUUAUCGGCUGCGUCUUCGCCUUCUUGUUACCCAAUGGCUUCUUCACCUCAUCUUCCACUUCUUCUCCCAUUCGAAACCCUAAGAUGGUUUUAUCUGCGUGCGAAUCUGGGGAACAAGUUAAUGCGCUGAAAGUGGAUAUUCUGUCUGCGAAAGAGAGAAAUUCUGAAUUGAAGAAACAGGUUAAAGUUCUAAUGGAAAAGCUUCGUUUGGCUGAGCAAGUAAAGGGUCAUGCACAUGAACAAGUUGUUGUGUUGGGUGAGAAGCAUAAAGCUGGGCCUUUUGGCACUGUUAAGGGUCUCAGAACCAAUCCAACUGUGCUUCCUGAUGAAUCUGUGAACCCCAGAUUGGCUAAGAUCUUGGAAGAAGUUGCUAUUUAUAAAGAACUUGUUGUUGUACUUGCUAACUCUAAUGUUAAGGAGAUGUUGCAACUCUGGUUCACCAACAUUAAGAAGGUUGGCAUACCUAAUUAUUUGGUGGUUGCAUUGGAUGACACCAUUGAGGAAUUCUGCAAAUCAAAUGAUGUUCCUGUUUAUAGAAGAGAUCCGGAUCAGGAUGUUGAUUCAAUAGCUAAGAAAGGCGGUAACCAUGCUGUUUCAGGAUUGAAAUUUCGUGUUCUGAGAGAGUUUCUGCAACUGGGUUAUAGUGUUCUUCUUUCGGAUGUUGAUAUUGUGUAUUUGCAGAACCCUUUUGAUUAUCUUUAUAGGGAUUCAGAUGUGGAGUCAAUGUCUGAUGGUCAUUGUAAUAGGACAGCUUAUGGGUUUAAUGAUGUCUUUGAUGAACCUAAAAUGGGUUGGGCUAGAUAUGCUCAUACAAUGAGAAUAUGGGUUUAUAACUCUGGCUUCUUUUACAUAAGGCCUACUAUUCCUUCAAUUGAGCUCUUGGAUCGUGUUGCUGGCAGGCUUUCUAGAGAAAGUACUUCGUGGGACCAGGCUGUUUUUAAUGAAGAGCUCUUUUUCCCUUCACAUCCUGGUUAUGAUGGUCUCCAUGCUGCCAAGAGAACAAUGGAUAUGUUCCUUUUUAUGAACAGUAAGGUUCUAUUUAAGACUGUCAGAAAAGAUGCUAAACUUAAGAAGUUGAAGCCAGUGAUUGUGCAUGUUAACUACCAUCCUGAUAAAUUUGCAAGGAUGAAGGCAGUGGUUGAUUUCUAUAUCAAUGGGAAACAAUAUGCAUUGGAUCAUUUCCCAGAUGGUUCUGACUAGCAGGAACAUGAAAAAAUAAAUUUGGUUCUAACACGGGAAGGAUUUAUAUGCUCUAAUUGAUGUGAUACAGAGGCAGUCAUUUUAGUUCACCUCCCAGGAUCAUUUCUAUCUCAUUGCAAUUUGCGGUUUCAGUUUUACAAUUUUUUAUGUUUGAUGAUUAAACAGGUUUCCUGUACUCUGUACUCUUAACUUUGUAUAUGUCCUCUUUUGUUAUGGGGUUGAAAUUCAAUGUCUCUGUAAUGAACUUGGGUGAUGUUUCAUGGUGUACUCGUGGCUAUUUUUUUUUUAAAUAUGAAGGAGAGAAAUUUACUGUUUGUAUUACAGUUUUGGGGAUAUGUAAUAGCAACGAUGCAAUGA